GCAAAAUAAUAAAUAAAUAAGUAAAUAAAUAAAUAAAUAAAUAACAGUUUAUAAAUAGAUAUGGGAUAAGUUAUUAGAAAUUGGGUGGAUUCAGAAAUACACAUUUCUCUAGAAACACACAGCAGAAUCCGGCCUAUCCUGGUUGUAAAUGUUGUGUAUGUUUGUGUGUGUGUGUGUGUGUGUGUGUGUGUGUGUGUGUGUGUGUGUAGGGGUUAUCAGAAAAGACUUUAAUUAAUUAAUUCAACAAAUAGUUCUUGAAUGUCUACUUUGUGUAAGGGAAAAUACUAGGCCCUGAAUGAUUAUGUUAAAUAUACUUUAAAAUCUCUGUUUUGACUCACUUUUUCAUUUAUUUAUUUAUUUAUUAUUUUUUUAUUUUCCCACUGUACAGCAAGGGGAUCACUUUUUCAUUUAUUGAUGAAAAGAGAGAAAUAAACAUAUGACUAAAUAACUAAAACUUGUGCUGGGAAAGGAACAGUCAAGAUGCAAUGAACAGAAGGAAGGUUGGAAGAUUAUAGUGUGGGCAGGUCAGACCUCUGAAGAAGAGAUGUUCAAGUGGAGACCAGAGGAAUGAGGAAGUGUUACCUCGGUGAAAGGGGUCCAGGAUGGAGGGACACCCUAACAGGAUUUUGUUCUAGGACUGCUCCAAGCAGAGGGGAAUGGGAUUAAAAAACAUAUAGGUUUUAGCUGACUUCCAUUUUUGUAUGGCGUCUUUGUAGUCUUGGUACUAUUUUCAGAGACCAAGACAGUGACAAGCAAAAUCCAACCUCGAAGUGGCCAGUAUAUUGAGGAACUUUAACAUAUAUGUGGAUCAGCUGAAGGCUCUUCAGAUGGAAGAAAAGAUCGUUGAGGCAGGGCAUCAAAACUGUCUUCUAGCAUUUGUGACACUUAGUGUUGCACUGAAUCUAAAAUAUCUCCUUAGGGCCAAUGCAUGGAAGUAAAAAGGAGAUGGAUUUCAUUCAGGAAUUUUAAAGAAUACAGAGUUGUCCUGGUUUUGAUGAUCUUAUAAUAUAGUGAAACUCCUUGACAGGGAAAUUAUAAAUUUAUGUGAAAAACACUAAAAGGGAAAACGAUAUAAUGGUAGGGAGGGAAAGAAAAAGCUUAUGGAUACCUAGUACCUACUAGACUUUGUAUUUUGCCCUUUAUGUUUUUUAUCUGAGAGAGAGAAAACACUCAAAGCUAGCCCAUGGUGUUGUCACAAAAAACCAACAUCAAAGUCACUGUGUGACCACAAUGAAGACAGCGAGGAGGAAGAGGAAGGCAAUUUUUUAAACGUUUAUAAGAACAUACAAAAACGAGAUCACCAUACAAAUGAGGGGAAAAAAAUCUCCCUCUCCUAGCUAAUAGGAAUGACUGCUGCUUCUUUAUCAAUUGCAACUUUAGUCUACAUUCUAAAUAAAAUUCAUUAAGAUACCCAGUUAUAAAAUUAUCUCCAGUAACUGAAGUAAUGCAAUCCAGAUCAAUUCCUGCUUCUUUGGACUUUCAACCAAAUCACCUAAUAUGAGCCCACAUCCUAUAAUCAUCCUUUCAGAACAACCCCUUACUGAAAUGCUCCACAGUCCACUUGAUGUAUGAUCUCCCUCAUUAUAGCAAGUCAAUAAAUCCAAUUCUGUUAAAAUAAAGGUGUGUUACUGUUCUAUUACUAGAAGGUAUUGCCAUGUUCUCUGAUUCUCAAAGUAACCCAAAUAUGCCCUCUUUAUGGGUGAAGAAAAUAAGGUUAUGAGGGGUUAAGUAACUUAGAUGUCUUUACAGAGCUGUUUGGAGGACUCGAAUUAAUAAGCAUCUACUCUACACCUAUAAAUGAAACAAGAAUGUAUGCAGACACAUUGGAGAAUGAAUGUAGCUACUUUUUGUUUUCAUCUCACAUUAGCCUCAAAAUACUUAUACAUGAGACAAUGUAGAUUCAAAGAGAUAAAUGACUGCCCACGGGCAUGUAGGUAAUGAGUGGUGGCCAGGAGCACAGGUCUUGAGGCAGGCACUGUUUGUGGCUCUGUGUCCUUGGUUGUGUUCCUUCACAAUAAUUCUGUGGGCAAUGGAGCUUAGAAGCGAUGAGCACAGGUUCCGGUGUCAGAGUAGGUUGGUUCAUGGUCCUGACAAGAGUAGUUAUUAGGUGUGACCUUGGACACAUUAUUCAACUCUCUGUGCCUCAGUUUCCUCAAAUGUAAAAUGGGAAUAACAAUUGCACUAACCUCAUGGACUAACUGGGAGGAUUGUGUCAGUUGAUGCAUGCAUUAUGCUUAGAAGAAUAUGUGUUACCUAGGAAAAGAUCAGCAAAUGAGUAUUUUAUGAGAGCCAAGAUUGAAAUUAAGGUUUCUGAGGCUCUAAAACCCACUUUUUUCCCCCAGAAGAAGCAGCUAUAUCAGAAAGUCUUCUCAAAGGAAAAGCAAUGUUGCACUGGAUCAGGCAUAUAAUCAGGAAAAGUCAUUAUUUGAAAAGAUGAGGGGACAUGCAAAGUCUCUUUGGACUUGUGAGGUGAAACAAGGAAAUAUCAGUGCAGAUGUUUAUGGGAAGAAUUGUAGGAGGGUUGAAGGUCAUGUUUGCUGAGCCAGAGUCCAAGAGUCCAUGUUAAGAAAUCACUAGAGAUGGGGAGAAGGGUGAGAGUUGAAGAAGGGGUGAUAGGAUAGCAAGCAUUUGGGGAGAGCCUUCUCUGAGCAUACUGGGUAGAAGAGGCUUGGCUUCUGUCCAAGUACCCUCCAAGGAGCCUUGCCCAGGCCUGAUUCUCAUCUGUCCCUGGGGCUGGUGAGGUCUCCUUUGCCUAUGCCCCUAGUGGCCUGAUAUAGUCAGGGUUAGCUCUGGGGACUCAGACCCAUGGGGACAGAUCUUGCUGAAGAGGAGGAAGUCUCACUCUCUCACAUAUAUCUAGCAAAGAAAGGCAAAGGCAGAUACUGAACGAUGUUCUGUGCCUGCCUCCCAUGGAGCCAUACAACCUUUCAAGCCUGGCUGAAUUUGUGCUCCUUGGUUUCCCCAAAGUAGGACAUGUCAGGGGCUGGCUUUUUGUCCUGCUGCUGUUGGCAUACCUGUUCACUAUUUGUGGCAACAUGCUCAUCUUCUUAGUCAUACGACUGGAUGCAGCUCUACAUACACCCAUGUACCACUUUGUCAGUAUUCUCUCCUUCUUGGAGCUGUGGUAUACAGCCACCACCAUCCCAAAGAUGCUAGCUAAUCUUCUCAGUGAUAAGAAGACCAUUUCUUUUUCAGGAUGCCUCCUUCAGACCUACUUCUUCCACUCCUUAGGGGCCUCUGAAUGCUACCUUCUUACAGCAAUGGCCUAUGACCGAUACCUGGCCAUCUGCCGGCCCCUCCACUACCCUGCAAUUAUGACCUCAGCACUUUGUGCCAAGAUGGCUGCUGGUUGUUGGACUUGCGGCUUCCUGUGUCCCAUUUCUGAAGUCAUCCUGAUCUCCCAGCUCCCUUUCUGUGGCUACAAUGAAAUCCAACACAUCUUCUGUGACUUUCCACCUCUUCUGAGCCUGGCCUGCAAGGACACUUCCAUUAAUGUCCUGGUGGACUUUGCCAUCAAUGCCUUCAUCAUCCUUAUCACCUUCCUCUUUAUUAUGGUGUCUUAUGGGAGAAUCAUUGGGGCUGUACUGAAGAUAAAAACAACAGCAGGAAGAAAGAAAGCCUUCUCUACAUGUGCCUCACAUCUUAGUGUGGUCCUCAUCUUUUUUGGAAGCAUCAUCUUCAUGUAUGUGCGGCUAAAGAAGAGCUAUUCACUGACCCUUGAUCAGACACUUGCUGUAGUUUAUUCUGUACUAACACCACUGAUCAACCCAAUUAUCUACAGUCUCCGUAACAAGGAACUCAUUAAGGCCAUUAGGAGAACCAUCUUCCAGAAGGGAGAGAGAGCCAGUCCCACGCACCACUGACUUUUGACUAAGGCUUUUCUUCCACUUCAAUGUUGGUCUCAUAAAAGUUCUAUGUACCAUUGCACAUAUGUAUCAAUGUGCCUUGAAUAAACGUCCCAUCAUCACACACGCAAUAAAUCUUAUUUCCACUUACCUUCUCAAAGACUUUAUUUCUUUAUGUUUUCUUCUGUUUCCUGCAUCUUUAUACUUUUGUUUUUUCCUUGAAGAUUUCUUCCAGCAUUUAAGAAUACUUUAGUAUCUCCAUUCUCAAAAACAAACAUACACAUUUCCUUCAUUACAAAUUUCCAACCAGCUAGAGGUCUACUUUACCAUUCCCUUUUCCAAUCAAACUUCAUCAUAUCAAACAUUUUUUCAGUAUUAGUAAUAGCACAAUCUUCUGUUCUUUACUUAUUCACUUUUUGAUCCUUUCCAAUCUGAUUUUGGCUCAAACCUUUCAAUGAAUAUUUUGCCCAGAUCAGUAAUGACCUCCAAACUGCCAAAUCCAUUAGACCCUUCUUGUCAUUCCUCUUUCUUGAAUUUAUGAUACACUUAACUAAUUCUUCUCUUAAAAAAAAAUCUUGUCUCUUAGAUUCCAUGCUAUCCUUGUUUCAUAAUUUUCUCCUUAUCUCUCAAAUUGGUCUUCAUCAGUCUUUUUUCGUCCUAUAGCACUAUCUUUCUAGGUGCUCAGUUAUUCCUACAGAUUUAAAUUCCAUACCUAACUAUGCCAACAACUCUUGUACUUAUAUCUCCAAACCAGAAUUCUUUUCUGAGCUUCAGACUUAUAUACCCAAAUACCUCUUAACAACCCUAUCUGUAGUUAAAUCCUCCACCACUGAGCUAUACCCCCUUAACAAACUUAUCUGGAUAUAGCCCAGGAAUUUUAAACUUAACAUGUAAAAAAUGAGGAUUUCUUUUCCUUCUAGUCUCUGCAAGAAUUUUUAUAAAAUUAUAAUUUUUGAUUUUUUCAAUGUUUUAUAAAAAUCUCAGGUAAAUCUUCAAUUUUUCAAUUCUGAAAACUUGAUGCUUCUUUUUUCCCUGUGCUUGGAUAGGACUAGUUCGAAUAAUUUAUUUCAUUUCUUCUUCCACCCAUACUUCUAGUUCAUUAAUAACAUAUGCCAAUGAUUCUUUGAAAUACAUCCUCAAAUCUGUUUUUUUUUCUCUUUUUCUUUAAUGUUACUAUCCUGGCAUGAAUCUCCAACAUGUCUCAACUGGAUUAAUACAGUAAUAUUCCAUCCACUCUCCAUGAGCCUACUCUUGUCCCAUUCUAAUAUAUUUUCCACAGAAAACAAAAGUGGUAUAUUUUAAGACUAAAUUGGAUAUGCCAUCCUCUAAAACCAUGAUAGAUUCCCAAUUGCUCAUAAGAUAAAAUCCAAAACCUCAUCAUGCUUAAUAAAAUUAAACAAUAUUCUUCUAUACCUUCAUCUCCAACAUUCACUCCCAUCUCUUCUCCCUCACUUGACUCUUAUCUAGUCACAUUAUCACUUUUUGAGUUCUUUAAAUACUUUAAGAUCUGCAUGGCUUCAGGAACUUUGCACUGUACCCCCUAAAAUCCUGGAACUCUUCAGGUGACUCGCUGCUUCAAUUCAUUGCAUGAGUUUCCAUUCCAAAUGUCACUUUCAAAUGACACUGUCUUUUAAAGACUUCUAAACACCUGGCCUAAUUUAUGUUACUUUUCUUUUGAAUUCUUUUGUUUUCCUUCAAAAUAUGUAUCAAAAUGUAUAUAUAUGCAUGUUUGUGUAUAUAUAAAUGUAGAUAUAAUUUGUCAGUUUUUCCUACAUGUCUAUAAAAUGUAUUUGGUCUAAAAUCAUGUCAGUUUUGUUACUUGCUAUAUUUAUAUCCAUUAUCUAGCAAGUGCCUAAAUAUGGUAAGUAUUCAGUAAAAAUGUAAAAAAUGGAAUAGGUAAUGACUCUUACCCAGUUUUAUCACUGACAUGUUUUUAUCUUUAGUGAUUCUGUUCUGAUUCCAACCACUGCUGGAGCCCACUCCCUUCCUAUUUACUAAUGAAAGGUAGCAUCUUUCUUCUCUCUCUUGCACAUCCUCUGUACCUAGUUUUAACAUUCCAUGUGAAACAGAAAACAAAGGAGUCAGAAAUGAUAGAAUGAAACAAUAAACUUACUUUGUGCCUGAUUCCUAGUUUGUUUUACUCCCUCUAUUUGAUUUGGUAAAAAAUUGACUACACUCCAAUAAGUUAUGUGUAAUUAUCAUAGGACAAAUUUGAGGCUUAAUUAAGAAUAAGGUUCAGAGGAACUGGGCAAGAGUUUGGUCAAGGAAAGAAUCUUUGUCAGGGAAAAGCCAGUUGUUUAUUUACCCACACAUCAACUAAGAUAGCAUGUCAACUGGAGGGGAGGUAGAAUUAGUGGAGAACUUUCAAGGAUAGAUCAUAUUCAAGUUCACAAACAGAAGUGAUUGAAAAUGAAAUAAAGAAGAGAGGAAAAAUUAACUAAAAGGAGAGUGGCUAUUUAGACCAUAUUGGCAUAUAGAGAUUGAGAAACCUGAACAAAUCAGUAAUCA